UUCAACUUUAAUUAUUUUUCAAUAGAACAAAAGCUAAAAAUAUAAACGUCAGCUUUGCUUCUACCCGUUUUCUAAAUCUGGGUACUCCAAAAUUUCAGUUCUUUGAAAGCUAAUGCCUAAUCUUUAAAAAAAUAAAAAAAACUUUAUUAAAACCUUUUUUUUUUCUUUCUUUCUCUUUCGUUAUAAUGCUUGCUUGAGUGUCCGAGGCUUUUAGUUUUUUAAAGCUCCACUUCAGAUCUCGACAGAUCUUAUUUACUUCUUUCUUGAAGUUCUUUUUUUGUUUGUUACAAAUAUGUACUUUUUGGUGGGCUUAUUCUUUGUUUUUCUCCCAUCUGAGUACUAGAUUUCAUUGUUUGGUGUGCUGUUUUGUUUCAAAUUUGCUUACUUCAAGGAGCAUUUAUUGAGAGCUUUGAAAAACAGAAGGACAUGGCUUUGGCUCGGUUUGGUCGACAAGUUAAGCGCCAGCAUGGGGUUUGUGUGAAGAUGACGGCAGUGGCAAUCUUGGGUCUUUGUUUUAUUUUUGUUUGGUCUAUGUUUUCUUCUCCUUCUAAUUCUGUCACUGUUCAAAGGGAGAGCUUUGAUGACAUCGCUGAACCUGUAGCUUCAAGCACAAUAGUAAGCAAAUCUAAAGGAAAAGAUAUAGAAAAACAUGAUGCAAAUGAUAACAAAAAGAAGGUUGAAUCUAGUUUAAAGAAAAAAGAUGAGAAAAAGGUUAAUGGAUCUUUGCCUUUACCUGCUCAUGAACAUAAAUCUGGGAAAAAGAAUGAGAAACAUGUUUCAAAGAGGAAAAAAGACGAGGAUAAGUCAAAGUUAUCCAACGAAGUAUCAAAAGAAAAUCAAGAGAAUCAGGAGCAAGAAGAAUCUCAGGGUGAAGAAGCCGAGAAGGAGAAUGAAGAUGAGGAAGAAGUGGUAGUGGAUGACAAGGAAGAAGGAUUAGAUGGUGAAAGUGAAGAAAAGGGUGAGAUGGAAGGUGAUGCUGACGUGGAUGAAUCAGUAGAUCAAGAGACACAGGAGAUGGUGGAAAAUGAGAAUGAAGGGAAGAAGAGACAGAUCAAAGGUCCGGUUUUCGAUCCGAAAGCACAUUAUAGUUGGAAACAAUGUAGCACAAGGAGCAAGCAUAAUUAUAUCCCAUGUAUUGAUGUUGAAAGUGGCUUCACAAGGCUGCACGGCUAUAGGCAUAGAGAGAGGACUUGCCCGAAAGCUCCUCCAAUGUGUCUUGUUCCCCUUCCCCAUGAUGGUUAUGAUUCUCCCGUGCACUGGCCUGAGAGCAAAUUGAAGGUAUUGUACAAGAAUGUGGCUCAUCCAAAGCUAGCAGCGUACAUGAAGAACCAUAAUUGGUUGAUUAAAUCUGGGGAAUAUUUAAUGUUCCCUCAGAACCAAUCUGAAUUCAAGGGUGGAGUUGUUCACUACCUUGAAUCCAUUGAAGAGAUGGUACCAGAUAUUGAAUGGGGAAAGAAUAUACGUGUAGUGCUGGACGCUGGAUGCUCAGAUUCAAGCUUUGUGGCCUCUCUUCUUGAUAAGGAUGUAUUAACAUUGUCACUGGGCUUGAAGGAUGAUCUUGUCGACCUAGCACAGGUUUCCCUUGAACGUGGUUUUGCUACGUUUGUUAGCCCCUUUGCAAGAAGAAGACUUCCUUUUCCCAGUGGAGUUUUUGAUGCUAUUCAUUGUGGUCGAUGUACAAUUCCCUGGCAUGCCCAUGAGGGUAAGCUUCUUCUAGAGAUAAAUAGGAUUUUGAGGCCUGGUGGAUACUUUAUUUUGUCAACUAAACAUGACAGCAUCGAGGAGGAAAAUGCAAUGAACACAUUGACUUCUUCAAUCUGUUGGAAUAUUCUGGCGCAUAAAACCGAUGAUGUCAGUGAAGUGGGUGUUAAAAUAUAUCAGAAGCCUGAAUCCAAUGAUAUAUAUGUGUUAAGGAGGAGGAUAAAUCCGCCUUUAUGCAAGGAGAAUGAAAAUCCUGAUGCUUCCUGGUAUAUUCCAAUGAAAACUUGCUUGCAUACUGUUCCAUCUGCAAUUGAACAACAUGGGACAGAGUGGCCCGAGGAAUGGCCUAAGAGGCUUGAAACAUAUCCGGAUUGGUUGAACAACAAAGAAAAAGCGAUUGAUGAUACCAAGCACUGGAAAGAUAUUGUUGACAAGUCCUAUCUUACUGGCCUGGGCAUUGUCUGGUCAACCAUCAGGAAUGUGAUGGACAUGAAAGCCACCUAUGGAGGAUUUGCUGCUGCACUUUUACAACAGAAAAUUUGGGUGAUGAACGUGGUCCCUGUCCAUGCACCGGAUACACUUCCCUUCAUUUUUGAACGCGGACUCGUUGGCAUCUACCACGAUUGGUGUGAGCCUUUCGGGACUUACCCCAGAUCGUAUGAUCUGUUGCACGCUGAUCAUUUUUUCUCCAGGCUAAAAAACAGGUGUAAGCACCCUGUUUCGAUUGUUGUUGAGAUGGAUCGUAUUCUACGUCCUGGUGGUUGGGUGGUUGUGCGUGAUAAGGUCGAGAUACUUGAUCCCCUAGAGGCAAUUUUGAGAAGUUUACGUUGGGAGAUCAGAAUGACUUAUUCUCAGAACAAGGAGGGUAUCAUAUGUGCACAAAAGACCAUAUGGCGACCUUGACAAUGACAUUUCUCCAUAUUUGUACAUUCACGAAUUUCACAAAACACAAUACAUUUUCUCUUCUUUUGCAGAAUCAUGAUUUAGAAGCCUCCUUUGUGUUGUUCUUUACGUCCAGGCUCAAUUUACGAACCAUGAAGGGUCGCUGAGUAUUCAAAUUUUGCGAGAUAUUUGUAAAUUAAUCAUCACAUUUAACACGGCUGAUUCAAUUUAAUCUUCCCAAAGUUCAUUUGUAAGAAUACCUUAUGGGGUUAUUUGAACACACUCCUUGAUUACCUUUCUAUGUGAAAAUACAUAAUGAUUUUUGCUGGUAAAA